GUCAUGGGGUGGAGCCUGAGACGACGCUCCACAUUUGCACAGUUCAGUCCUGUACCGUCCGAGCAGAGUACUACCGCAUGUGUCCACAGUACUACCUAUGUAGUGUAGUACUGCUGCCGCCAUAGUACAGUAUCCUCCUUCUCCUCCUCCUCCUUGCUCUUCCUCUCUGCUCGCAGAUGGACUCAGUAGCACCCCCUGGCCUCUCUCUGGUCUCAGUGUUGUCUCUGUUAGCAUGUAGCAUCCAGGUGUUAGCCGCCGUCCUGCUAACACACAGGUAUGGUGGGCAGAGCUCUCUGACAGACAAGUGGAUCCUGCUGUGGCUCUUCUAUGAUGUCAUUGUCCACCUCACGCUGGAGGGUCCAUUUGUUUACAUGUCUCUGGUUGGGAUGGUGGAGACGUCUGAAGGUCCACUGGCUGAACUCUGGAGGGAGUAUGGUAAAGCCGACAGUCGGUGGUUGGUUUCUGAUCCAACAAUCGUCUCUAUAGAAAUUCUGACCGUCGUCCUUGACUCUCUGCUCGCUCUGCUACUCAUACAUGCAAUACUGAAGGACAAAUACUACAGACAUUUCCUUCAGAUCGCUCUGAGCGUGUGCGAGCUGUACGGCUGCUGGAUGACCUUCUGUCCUGAUUGGCUGAUUGGCAGUCCUAACCUGAACACAUCCAGCUGGCUCUACCUGUGGGUCUACCUGGUCUUCUUUAAUGGAGUCUGGGUCCUGGUCCCAGCCCUGCUGCUGGUCCAGUCCUGGUUCUCUCUUAGGAGUCUGCAUACGCUCAGAACAGACGAUGACAUAAACAACAUAAACAAGAAGAAGAUGUAGAGACAACAUUUUUGGACUGUUUUAGUUUUUCUACAUUUAUAAAAGCGUUUGUCUGCUCGUACUUGUGGUACUGGAGGAUCAUAUGGUGCCUGAUAGUGUUCACAUGAACCAUUAAAGGCUCAUUUCACGUUUUAACCCAUUAACUUGUAGGAAAACCUCAGUUUCUGCUCAGUGAUAAAAAUUUAAAGGGAUUUAGCAUCGAGUUUGAUUCAUCUGCUGCAUAGAUUUUUGAACAGAAACCAAAUAACUCAAAGUGAUGUGUGAUUUGGAAAAUAGAUAUAAGAUUGAAAGAGGAGAUAUAUUUACAGAAUGUGGGUAACCUCUUUAAUUGGAUUUUUCUUCAAUUUUUUUAAACUUAAUAAUACUACUUUACUUUAUUGGUUCUCUUUAGUGGUUAAUUCAUGAAUUGUUAGUUUAAAAUAAAACUACUGAAGGAGUUUUUUAAACAGUUUUAUCCUCAAAUUUUGGUUUAAUUUUGAUUUUCAUUUUAAUCUGAGGGUGUUUUCACACCUGUAGUUGAGUUUAUUUGAUCUGAACUAAAGUAAUAAAGAUAAAUAAAUAAUAAAAAUCUUUAUUGACACCAAAACAUGUUUAUGUUUUUCAUUAAAAUCAGUAAUUUUGCUUUGUCAGUAAAGUUUAAUUCAGUAUAAAUAACUAAUGUUGAAAAUGUUAAUGUUUUAAUAGUCCUCU